AUGGCUUCCAAAGGCAUUGGAUUGGCUUUCGAUAACGCCAAUGGUCACGGUGUAUCGGUAAUGAAGGAGACGAUUCAAGGAUUCGGUUCCAAGUUGACCGGCGCAGGCCACGCAACUCUGUUCAACAACGAUAAACACAACAUCGGUGCCAAUGCCUUCGUAUCGAAGAAUAUGCCCAACAUUCCAAACGUUCCCAACUUCAAUACUGUUGGUGGGGGCCUUGACUACACAUACAAUAACAAGAUUGGAGCAUCCUUGGGCAUGGCAAAUACUCCAUUCUUGCAGCGCAAGGAUUACUCCGCGAUGGGAAAUCUAAACGUGUUCCGCAGCCCGACCAGUACUGUAGACUUCAGUGCUGGCUUUAAGAAGUUUGACUCUCCCUUCGUGAGCAGUGGCUGGAAACCUAACUUUGGACUCACCUUUGGCAGAUCUUUUUAG